UUGCGUACCAACCUGUUUAAUGUUAUUGGAUAUGAGGAUAAUAAAAGUUUAGGACAAUGUGCUCAACCUGAUUCUUAUGUAGAACAACAACGCUUUUAUGGAGACGUUAACUUGAGUGAGGAAAUAAAAUCAUUUAGUGCACUUGCACAAGAAAAAAGGCAAAUGUUUAUUCGAAAUACCUUAUUACAACCAACUG